AUGAGGACGAGACGACGCAACAGCAUGGCCGGCAGCGAGAGAUCAGUCGGCUCCAAGAAGCCACUUCCACCAUAUCCAUCAAGACAGCUCACCAUUCUCGCUCUUUGCCGGAUAUGCGAACCCAUCGCCUUCAUGUCCAUCUUUCCAUACAUUUGGCAUAUGGUGAGAGACUUCAAGAUCACAGAGGAUGAGAGCCAGAUAUCCUUCUAUGCUGGCAUGGUGACCUCGGCCUUCACCUUCGCCGAGUUUUCCACCAGCUUCAUCUGGGGAAGAUUGAGUGACAAGAUUGGGCGCAAGCCUGUCUUGUUGAUGGGAAUGACUGGAACCGGUAUCAGCGUGAUCAUGUUUGGCUUUGCGCCGAAUCUUUGGGUUGCCCUCGGUGCUCGAGCACUCGGUGGCUUUUUGAACGGAAAUAUCGGAGUUUUGCAAACUACUGUCGCGGAAUUGGUCACGGUCAAAGCACAUCAACCCAAAGCAUAUACGGUGAUGCCGUUGGUAUGGUGCAUAGGGUGCGUAAAGAUAUCUAUCGUUGGGCCUAUGAUCGGAGGCUGGCUCGCAAAGCCUGUUGAGGGCUUCCCAGGUUGCUUCUCGCGUGACGGUAUUUUUGGCACAUUCCCCUACCUGCUUCCCAACCUCUUCAGCGCCAUCUGCGUCUUUAUCGGUGUGAUCGUCGGCCUCUUGUUUCUCGAAGAGACACACGCUGAAAGGAAGCACCGGCAUGAUCCCGGUAUCGAACUGGGCCGAUCUUUGAUGUCUCGGAUCUGGGGGUCCGAAAAGGUGGAAGAGAACAAGGGGAAGCUGCCGGCCAAAGCCGUCCCAGAAGAGGAGCGACCUCUGUUGUCGGAAAACGACGAGCUGCUGCCCGGUUAUCGAACGGGCUCUGCACGAUCGUCGUCGCCUCCAGACACUGUUUCGGAGGAGUCACUCGAUCUUGAGGAGGGAGGGGGCCUUGAGCUGGCAGAGGCCGAGAGGGCACCUGCAGGCAAGGUAUUCUCCCGAGCCGUGAUCAUGGUGAUCAUCUCUUACGGUAUUCUUGCCUUUCACACAAUGGCCUUUGACUCACUCCUGCCGGUUUUCCUCAGCACCAGCCCACCUGCGACCGAAAUCCCAGCAAAACUACCAUUCAAGUUUGCUGACGGUUUCGGCUGGGACACCCAAACGAUUGGCUUUAUCCUCUCGGUUCAAGGCGUGUACUCACUGGCAUCGACAAGGCUUCUCUUUCCAUUUGUUGCCAACAAGAUCGGAGCGCUUCGACUGUUCAAGAUCAUGUCUGUCUUGUACCCGCUCCUCUACCUUUUUACGCCAUACAUUGUCCUUCUCCCCGACAGCCUUCGCAAGCUUAGCGUGUACGGCAUCGUUGUCUGGAAGAUGACGUUUUCAACUCUGGCGUAUCCGAGCAAUGCCAUCCUCCUCGCCAACUCGGCCCCGACGACACUGACUUUGGGAAGCAUCAACGGCGCGGCCGCCAUGACAGCAAGCUUGUGCCGAGCACUCGGACCGAUAAUAUCAGGAUUCUUCUAUACGCAAGGUAUGGAAAGCGGUUACUCUGGUCUGUCGUGGUGGGUUGCCGGGCUGGUUGCCGUCAUGGGCGCUUGGGUUGGCCUCCAAAUCACCGAGCCCAAGGGACGGAUGGAUGAGAAGGAGGACAUGGACGAGACGACCGAGGAUGAACCAAGGACGACAACCACACCAAACAAGGACGAUCGCACAAGGCCUUCGCCAUAG